AUGUGCGUGGAGAAACUCACUUUUGGGUUCAUCAAGGUGGAUAGAUUGUUCAAGUCGGAGCGGCAGAGAGAGGUGAACUGGCCACUGUUUCACAACGAUCUCGCCUCGAUUAUGGCCCGAGUGGACCAUGCAACUUCUCACUGUUUGUGCUCGUUUGCCAGCAGCUACAUCAACUUCAUCCAUAAUGCCGUGGUGCCUAGUGUGUUCAUUGAUGAGCACGAGACGUUUUGGAACGAACAUGUCAAAGAGAACCCGGCCUGCUUGGUUUAUUCGAAGUAUAGCAGUCUACAGUCAGAUCUGCCGAGAGAUUACUACUUCUGGAUGGCAUUAUACUAUGGAACAUUAUGCAAUGGAAUAUACUUUGGCUCCGAACAGUUGAAAGAUGAACUUAAGUUCACAAGCUGUGAGCUACAAACCUUGGGCCCCAAGCUCUUUACGGCCGCCCUCGAUUGUCUUUAUAGGGCACAAUUUAUGAGUUACCCUGACAUACGAGCUAUUCAGGUGUUUUGCCUCUUGAGCACAUGUUUCCAUGCUUACGGCAGUGUAAGCCUUUCUCAGGCAUUGCUUAUACAGUGUAUCAGGAUUGCCAGGAAGCUUGGUAUAGAUAGUUCCAAAACGGAUUCAGGCGUGACGUUUUCGUCGGAAAUCAAGAGGCGUUUGUGGUAUACACUUUGCCUCAAUGAUUGGCUAGACCAGAUAGACAAACCUCGGUUUUACAUUGAGACCACUGAUCUUGAAUUACCCAGUCUUCUAACUGACGAGCACCUUCUUCAUCCAGAAUCCUCUGGAAAGGUGCAGUUCAACGACUACUCAAGCGUAUACUAUCAACGAACUAUGGUGAGUAUGGCGCUCAUCAAGAAACGUUUGUUUGAAAAACAGUCAUCAGAGCUGGACACACUUGAAGCGUGGAAUAAGAUGAAUGAAUUACGUGACAGCACUAUCAGCUUCUACCAGAAAAUCCUAGAGCCCACCAAUGAUGGGAUCCUUGGUUACGACUAUGCCAAAUUCUUACUCUUUUCUUCUCUUUCCGAGGAGCUCUUGGAUUUGGGCCGCAGAGUCUUGGCCAUAGUAGGGAAACAGACUUGGUCAGCUAAAUACCGAUCUGUGUGCCUUGAGGCCGCUUUGGGGAAUAUGAGGCGGGCCAUAUCCCCAAUACCGUCAUACUACAGACGUCACUGGAUUGUGACACAACAUCUCAUAUAUGCUGCACUAACGAUCCUUCUAGACAUGAUCAUGUUUCCCAAUCUAGACUCGAAAAAAGACAAGAGAAGCCGUUUGGAGCAGGUAGAGUCAACUUUCCAAGUCUUCGAAGAGCUUGAAGCUACGCAUCUACCUGCAAAACUUGGUAUUGCUCUAUUGCCGAGACUCUGCAAGUUAGUUCGCUUUGUUAUAGUGGACCAAAGAGACGGCAAUACAUUUGAAGUGGAGUCCUUGAAGUCAUUGCUCGAUGAUUUGCAAUUUGGUAUAUCCCCAGAUGUUGAUGCCGUUCCAGCAAAGACAAGACCACAAUACCUUCGUUUUGGGCUGCCACUGAGCUCAAGUAGCCCUGGAACCCGAUCUAUGAAUAGGGCAACAAACUACACGGACAGUAUAUCUUUUGAUGAUGAGAUACUGAAGUUCAUUUCAGACACGGGAUGGUCUGAGGUACUUAUGAAUAUCUUCCAACCAGCGACAAGUCCACCAUAA